AUGAACUGUGAACAGGGCGAGCUGGAGAAGCAUAGUUUGCUCGGACAGACAGAGGACGGUUUAGCAUAUCAUGUCCCCCGACGCGCCAACAACCGUCGUUUGUCGCAGCUGGGAAAGGCGCUACGAUGGACGUGCCAUUUUGUUCUGUGUGGCCUCUUGAUCGCCAACGUCGUCUUGAUGGGUCGAAAGCUAUCCGGUCACCAGGCGGUCCACCGUGUCAAUGCGAUCGAUGGAGCAACGGUUACGUAUACGACCGCGAGAUAUGGACGGAACGUCGAGUAUAUGUCUCUCGACCACGAAUUCGACCAUUGGUGGCAAUCGGAGGAGUCAGGACACAGCGGAGUCAUCCGCUUGAAUCCCGACGACAUCCACGCUCUCCCUGUCUGGGGUGCAAUCGGAAUGUUUCACCAACUCCACUGUCUGACAGGCAUCCGCAAAGCGCUCCAGCGUGCGAAAGCCGGUGAAGACAUUGGGACAGACGACCAUGAUGACCCUCACUGGCCACACUGUUUCUGGUACUUGCGGCAGUCGAUCCUAUGUGCUGCCGACGACACGAUAGAGAUGAGUCAUGGCUGGGACUCGGAAAUUCAACCCAACGGGACCGUCGUCAGUAUUCGAGUCGGGAGCAUCGAUGGCGGCACGGAUCUACGGAGCUGUAGAAACUCCGACACGCUGUACAAGUUGAGAGCGGAGCGUGGCAUGGUAGCUGAGCUGGCCAGGAUACAGUUCAUGAGGAAGAAGGCGCUCGGCGAAUUGAACGCCACGGACGACACAUCCAUGUAG